AUGUUACAGAGGGCGGCGAGCAAUGCGUAUUCAUGGUGGUGGGCAAGCCAUAUUCGAACCAAGCAGUCCAAAUGGCUCGAGCAAAGCCUUCAAGAUAUGGAAGAAAAGGUUGCCAAUGCCCUCAACCUUGUUCAAAAAGAUGGUGAUUCUUUCGCCAAGAGGGCCGAAAUGUACUACAAGCACCGGCCGGAGCUGAUCGCCUUCAUUGAGGAGAGCGUUCGAGCUUAUCGAGCAUUAGCCGAACGAUACGAUAAACUCUCUACCGACUUGCAAAAGGCAAACACCACAAUCGCUUCGGUUUUUCCGGACCAACUAACGUAUGACACGGACUACGAAGAUGACGAUAACAACAACGGUCUAAGGAACCCCAAAAACAUAGGUUCAGAUCCACCAAAGGCCCCAAAACUCCCAGAAGGCAAAAUCAUGAAGAAAAUGCAAGCCAAGAAAGUGACGAAAGAUGAUCACUUGGAUCUUGGGAGAUUGGGUUUGACGAAAAACGAGGCUAUCGAAGAGAUAGAUAAGCUUCAAAAGGAUAUUCUUUCGAUGCAAACCAUGAAGGAGUUCACGAAAAGCUCGUACGAAAACGGGGUUGCCAAGUUAUGGGAAAUCGAGAAAACCAUCAUUGAAAUGCAACAACGAGUUUGCAGUUUGCAGGACGAGUUUAAGGUUGCGAAAAGCAUCGAGGACGAUGAUGCCCGUGUUAUAAUGGCGGAGGCUGCAUUGAAGUCGUGUGAUGAGACUUUGGCUAAGUUACAAGAGACACAAAAGAAAUCAACCGAAGCCGCUGGAUUGGAGCACGAGAGGAUUCAGAAUAUGAAACAGAAACUCGAGUCCCUUAAACACACAAACGAUGCCGAAAAAGAAGAAGAUCGUAAACUUGAAAAGGAGUUGUGGAACUCGGUUGAAAGUGAGCCAGAGAUCGAAGAAAACCCGUCGAAGAAACCUUUGACCGUUACAGAAUUGGCAGAAACUGUGGAUAAGCUCGUGAACAAGGUGAUUAGCUUAGAAUCGUUGGUUUCAUCUCAGACGGUGCUUAUCGACAGAUUAAAGACAGAAUCAGAUGAUCUUCAGAUACAGAUUCGGAAUUUGGAAGAUGAUAAAGCAAACUUGAUAGAUGGAACGAAUAAUUUGGGGAAAACUUUGAAGGAAAUGGAAAAAAAACUGAAUGGGGUGCAAGAUUUGGACCAGAAAAUUGAGAAUCAAAAUAACAGCAUCAAGAUGCAGUUUAGCCAAGCCCGUUGCAGCCUCGAUCAUUUGUCCGAAAACCUUCAUAAUAUAAAGCCUGAUGAAGAUGAACCGGCAAAGCAAAUGAUCAUGGAACUGGAGGGUGAAUCCGAAAAGAUAAAAGAUGAUGAUCUAAAACCUGAAUCGCAAGUGAGAAUUGACUGCGAAGAUCAGAUGGUUACAAAUAUCAAAGAUAACCCGAUCAAACCAAAGGAAACCGGUAUAUCUGACACAGAAGAAAGAGAUGAGACGAAUUGGCAAGAAUUGUUGUUGGGUGGUUUAGAUGACAAAGAAAAGGUUCUUUUACAAGAGUAUACAAGUAUCUUGAGGAAAUACAAAGCUGCAAAAAAAGAACUAGCAGAAGAAGAGCAAAAAAGACAAGAAAACAUCUUGGAAACCAACCUGCAACUAAGAAACCUGCAAACCCUACUAGCAAAAAGAGAUACCGAAAUCCAGCAGAUUAAACAAAACCUCAAACUUGUUCAAGAAGAUGGAGUCGAGGAACUAUCGAUCUUUAACAACAAAUCCGAACCCGUAUCCGAGAUCGAAGAAAAGCUUAGAACGGACAUCGACGUGAUUCUUGAUGAAAAUCUUGAUUUUUGGUUAAGAUUCAGCACUGCAUUCCAUCAAGUACAGAAAUUCAAGAAACAGGUGGAAGAUCUUCAACAAGAGAUUACUAAAGCGAAAACCAAACCGAAAUCAAACAUAUCGACAUCCUCAAAAGAUAUACGGUCAGAUAUCAAUCCGAUAUACAAACACCUUAAAGAGAUACAUAACGAACUUAUGAUAUUUUUAGAAAAUAUUGCAUCGCUGAAGAACGAGCUACAACGAAGAUGUUCAUCGUUAUCGAACAUCCAAGAGGAAAUAACGACAGCUUUGAAGGAAGGUAUGGAAGAAGAAGAGAUCAAGUUCAGCACACAUCAAGCUGCAAAGUUUCAAGGUGAGGUAUUGAACAUGCAACAAGAAAACUGCAAAGUUAACGAAGAACUUGAAGCUGGUUUAGAUCAUGUUACUGCCAUGAAAGUUGAAACAGAAGAGACGUUAAGAAGGUUAGAGGAGGAGUUUGGACUUUUGGAUCAUAGCAAUGGCGAAAGACAACAUCGUCCACAUGUGCCAUUACGGUCGUUCAUCUUUGGGGUAAAAUCGAAGAAGCAAAAACCGUCGAUCUUGGCAUGUAUAAACCCUCAUAAGAAAUUUGCUGCUUCAGACAGCUAG